AUGGGCAGCUUCGCAAGACGCAAUGAAGGGACCGACGGCUAUCUCAUGAAUCAGCAGAUGGCAGUGCCCGGUGCUUAUAGCCAUCAAGAUGGCCAUGAAUACGGUCCCACUGGAUCUGGACCAUACCACUUCCCCCAGCACUCUUUCAACCCCUAUGGUUCUCAAUUCGGUCCAUCUUAUGGACAGCAGUCAAACCUGUCUCCAGGCAUGCAACAUCUGCAGUAUGCAUCGGAGCAUAUGAUUCCAUCAAUGUCCACAUCGGAUGAUAUGAGACUCCACCAUCCUCCGCAGUAUAUGGCCCAGUCUCGUUAUCUGCAGUCGCCUAGAUAUCUUCCUCUUCGGGAUGCGCUCAGUGAGACGGAUAUUGAGAGCCAGGAGUCUCGGAAUGAGAGCACCAUGCUGUCAGAGCCCGUGGUACCUCCUCUAGAUGGAUUCCCGGACGUAAGAGAGUUUGAUCGAUUGAUGCAGAGCUACGUCGAUGAUCUAUCGGUGAAGAAGCAAGACAAGGCGUUGAUCCAUGCUAGAAGAGCGCGGAAUAUCCGAACCGUCCUGAUCGAUCCAAAAGAUACAGCAGUCGAGUCAGCCCAAUUUCGGUUUUGGGUCAAGAAGAUGUUCAAGCUUCAAACUGUUGGCAUGGGAACUGCAGAUUGCCGAAAAAUGAUCUGCCAUGAGGGAAAACCAGUCGCGAUUCGCGAAAAAUUGUUCAAAAUUCUCACUAAAGCGCAUCAGCAAUGUCAGCACGGCGGCCGCGACAAGACCUCUGCUCAGGUCCGGCGCAUCUAUUCAUGGGUUCCAAAGGAACUGAUUUCUCGUUUUGUCAAAAUCUGCCCGACAUGUCAAGUUCGUCGCGGAGGAUCACGCCUUACACCACCCAACUCCCGGCUAGGAUCACCUCGUCUGGAGAUGGUACCUCAGUCUCCAAAGCUCCCAUCCCCGCCGAUUAUCAAAAGAGACUCGUCAUAUGGUGGCCAAGUGGCCCUAGAUCGGGCACAACCCGACUGUUUUGGCCAAUUGCAUAGCCAUAGCUGGAUGGACGGGCAUCAGAAUUUACAGAGCCGCCCGGGCUUGAACCCUGGCGUCAGGUCCUUCCAUGGCUCGAUGGGUAACAUCCCACACUCCAUCACAGGUACCCUAGACCCUUUCUCUGCGGACUUGACGGUGCCCCCCUCUCAGUUAAGCUAUACAGCAGGAUAUGUUCCCACGCAUGGCACUCCGAGCCAGCGGGAUUUUUGA